AUGUGGAAGAAGGAAGUUGUUAGUAGGAUCCUUACAGUUCCACAGGGGAAAGAGAGCCCAGUGGAUAGCGCUCUUGCCAAAACCUUCCUUACCCCUUGGAAGGGUAGACCAGACUGCCCAGAUGCCUCCACGUGCUUUUCACAGCCAGCCAGGCAGCUCCAUUCCUUGGCUCUAGAUAUACGAUUAAUUCAGAACCUGGUGCGGAGGAGCCCGAAGGAGGCGGAGGCCAACGUGGCGCUGGGCCGGGAGGGCGGCCGGUUGCAGCUGCGGGCGCGGCGGCCCAUCCCGGCGGGCGCGGAGCUGCUCUACUGGCCCGAAGAGGCCCGCGGGGCCGCUGCCGGUGGGACGGCGGCGGAGCCCCUGGCAGGGGAUCCCGAUGUCUCCAGGAUGGUGGCUGAUGAAACUGCAGUCCUUGAUGUCCCUACUGAGGUUAGCAGGCUGGCUGCCAAACGUUUCCACAGGCUGCAAGAAGAGGAAAGCACAGCUUCUGAACAUCAGCCAUGGGAAGCCAAGGCGGUGAGGACGGAGAAUCAGCACCUCGAGACCAUCUUAACCACUAAGGCCAAUGGCAGGUGCGAGGAAGAAUUGGACAAGGAUGUGGAUCCCGGAUCUGCAGCAGAAAAAGUGGAGAUGGGGCAUAAAGAGGCAUGUCCAGGAGACCUGGAUCUGUCGUCGCCCUCAAGCGGGGUUCGACUCACUGCUCGCUUGGUUGCCGAGCCAUGCAAGGUGCAUGCUCUGACCAGCCAGCUCCAGGAGUGCCUGCAGGACUGUGGUGGCAGGACAGCUGGGCAGGAAUCCCAGCAGCCCAGUCCUUCUGAAGGAGAGAGUGUAGAAACUUGUGAGAAAGAGAGCAAAGCUUCCAAAGACUCCAGACUGGCAUCCCCAGAGCAUGGGGGAAAGGGCCCACUGGAGGGGCCUGAGGGGCAGGAGGAGUAUACAGAGCUGGCGGAGGGUCAUUCUGGCAGCCCAGGCCCCCCACCAAAAGCUCUAUCCCAGAAGGAGAUGAUCAAGCGCAGGUACCGCUGCGGGGAGUGUGGUAAAGCCUUCCUGCAGCUCUGCCACCUCAAGAAGCACCGCUUUGUCCAUGCUGGCCACAAACCCUUCCUGUGCACGGAGUGUGGCAAGAGCUAUAGUUCAGAGGAGAGCUUCAAGGCCCACGUGUUGGCCCACCGGGGUGUGCGGCCUUUCCAGUGCACCCAGUGUGACAAGGCUUACCGCACCAAACGAGACUUGCAGGAACACCAGGUCCUGCACACCGGCCAGCGCCCCUUCUCCUGCGAGCAGUGUGGCAAGGCCUUCGCGCGCCGGCCCUCUCUCCGCAUUCACAGGAAGAUCCACCUGGCCGCUGGGACUGGCCCAACUAGUCCCAAAGGAUACCAGUGUGCCAUAUGUGGACGCCACUUGGCCAACCCCGGCUCCUUGCGCAAUCACAUGCGCCUGCACACGGGGGAGCGCCCUUACGCCUGUCCUUACUGCGGCAAGGACUUCCGACAGCAGAGCAACCUGCGCGAGCACCUCCGGCUGCACACGGGCGAGAAGCCCUACAAGUGCCGCUUCUGCGGCGACGCUUUCCCCAAGCUGCCGGAGCUGCGGCGACACCUCAUCUCCCACACAGGUGAGGCCCACCUGUGUACUGUGUGCGGCAAGGCGCUGCGGGACCCCCACACGCUACGUGCCCACGAGCGCUUGCACACAGGCGAGCGCCCUUUCCGCUGCGAGCAGUGCGGCAAGUCCUACACCCUGGCCACGAAGCUGCGGCGCCAUCAGAAAUCCCACCUGGCUGGCAAGCCCUACAAAUGUGAGCUCUGUGGCAUGGGCUACGCCCUUCCCCAGAGCCUUGCGCGCCAUGUGCUCACCCACAAGGCGGAAAAGGACCCGGAGGAACUCGCCACGGCAGUGGCCUCGCUCGCUGUGGACCUACCCCAGGCAGCAAGGAAAAAGCCUCAGAGGAAGGGCUGCCAGGAGGAGGUUGCGGCAGAGCCCACCUUGCUCAUGGUGGAGGUGCCGGGGCCAGCAAAUGAGGCUGAACUGCUGAUCACAGCUAGCGGUCACUGCGUUGCUACUUACCAGUCUCGAGGCAGCCCCCCAGAUCCUGGUGCCCACAGGAGGCCUGCUGGGCAUUUGCUGUUGGCAAAGGACAUCAUUGAAAUCACCAUCUCCAAGCAUGAGGACAAAUGCAUUAUAGUGCAGGAUGAGGGCUCACCGAGUGACGUGGUCAUCAUCCAGGAGGGGGUGGGCUUUGGAGCAGUGGCAGAAGUGGUGGAGGUCGAGUCUGGGACCUGACUAUCCCAGCCUGCCCUGGCUGAUCUUCUGUACUUAUUAAAGUGGGGUAAAAAAACCCAACAAAAAAACCUAGCUCUUUUGUCUUUCUGUGGCAACAAGGCCCUGUGGCUCAGCCCCAGGCAGAAUUAGCAGUCUUGGAGGUAACUGCCUGGGUAGACCUGGGUCUUUUCGGUAGCUGCUCCUUGGAGCUGUGAGCCGGGCCUGGUGCAGGGAAGGCAUUGGCUCUUGGCUGUUGAUGGGAAUAAUUUCUUAGAGAAGACACCCACAGCAUUAAUGAGCAGUGCUUCUGCUCUGCCUCUCUUA